CAGCAACAACUAUUACAAUUGUUACAACUAUUACUGGAUAUUUACUUAGUUUCAUACUGUCAAUAAUAUAAACUAAAGACAUGGAUGAACCACUUCCUGCUGCUCGUCCUGGAUCAUUUCCUAUUCUCAGUUUACAGACACUCAAGGAUUGUCUGAAUGGUCUGGACAUGCAAGUCACUGUCGAUGACCUUGCUAAACCAACUCCACAAAAAAUGCUCGAAAUAUACGAGAGUUUAACUGUCUUGCUACAAGGUGUUAGCUCUGAACAGUUUGCUCAACCUACUUUUGCUGUUUUGGAACUGUUGGAAUAUCCUGAUGUACACAAGGAUUCGCUUGGUCUUGUGGCAUUCUACAGACAUCUUCACAAAUUGGUCACUCAGCUGGGAUAUCCUGCAUUCUCUUUGGGUGAUGUCCUCAACCCAAAACGAGAUCGAGUUCAAGCUAUACUCAGUGGUUUCAUCAACUUUUGUAAAUUUCGCGAGGAGCGCAUGGAAGUGUUUCAAGAAUGCUGCACUAAAUCUACUCAACUUACUGAAGAGCGACUAAUGUUGGAACGUCGAAACGCUGAGUUGGCUGAAACAGUCAAUCAAAUCAAAAUGAAACGAGCUCAAGAUCAACCUCAAGUAGAUGGCAUCCGAGCUAUCAACACCAGUCUUGCAGCUGACCUUCGCGAGCUUAAAAAGACUCAGGUCACACUUGCAUCCAAAAUUGACCAUCUCAAAAAGGAAAAAAAUGCAUGCACAGAAAAACAAACCAAUAAUCAAUUCCUCAUCUCCAAUCUCAAACAAAACUGCGUUAGGCUUAAAUCCCGUGUUGUUCACAGUCCAGAAAAACUCAAACAAGUCAUUGCAGAAAUGAACCGUUCUUUACAAGAAGACAAGACUUAUGUGGUUCAUACUGAAAAGAAAAAUCGCGAGUUGACCCACAAGAUUGAAUUGAUGAAUGCGGUUGAGCAGGAUAUUAUCAUGUGUCAAAACAUCAUGGGAGAAUGCACUACAGAGCAAGCCCGUGCUGAGGAAGCAUCUCAAAAACUCUUGUCCGACAUUGAUGUCAUCAAUAAAAAAAAAUCCGAACUCAAGGAUCAAGAAGUUCAUCGACAACAACUCCAACGUCAACUAAAAAAUGCCAAUGAAAAAUUGCAACGGCUUGAACAGCACAGGGUAUCUAAAGAACAAGACACGGCAAGUAGGAUCAAUGCAUUAAAGGAAGAACAUGAGAUCCUUGCUGCUGAGCGGGAUGUGGCUCAAAAGCGUGUAGACGAUCAUGAGCGUCUUGUGGUCGAUAUGGAAGACAAGAUCAAACAAUUACAAAAAAAUAUGGACUCGGAGUUAUUUGCCAUUGCUUCUGAUUAUGAACUGCUGAUACGCGAAACAGAGUUGUAUCAACAAGGGCUGAUCAAUGCCAUGUUUUAAGGAUUCACUUGAUAUACUCGUGUCUUGCUAACCGUUUCAACUGUCUUUAAAUAAAAUAUUGAUUCCUUUACUUUUUAAAGC